UGCACCGCCUAGUUUGAUUUUGCGUUCUGAUUAGGCGAAAAGAAAGGAAUAAAGAGUGGUAAGGUCAGAAGAAAGGCAAGGAAGGUGUGUGUGUGAGAGACACUCUCGACUGAACUGCUUAUAACUCAUUCUCUUUCCCUCAAUUGCUUUCUCUUUGCUCUGCGAUCCUCUUCUCCAUAGAGUCGGAGAAUAUGGGGAACAACAUGAAUGUGAUCUCCUUGUGCUUGUUUGUGACAAUCCUGUUGUUUUCUGCCGUGUCUUGUGCACCCAAUGAUGGGCUGCGCAGGAUUGGGCUCAAGAAGAUUAAAUUGGACCCUAACAACAGGCUUGCUGCUCGAAUUGGGUCCAACGAUGAUUCUCUCCCGGCUUCUAUUAGAAAGUUUCAUCUUCAAAACAACUUCGGUGGCACUGAGGAAACCGAUAUUGUUGGCUUAAAGAAUUACUUGGAUGCUCAGUAUUUUGGUGAAAUAGCCAUUGGAACAUCUCCUCAGAAGUUCACUGUCAUUUUCGACACAGGCAGCUCUAAUUUGUGGGUGCCAUCAUCCAGAUGCACCUUUUCGCUUGCAUGCUACUUCCAUGCUAAGUACAGGUCUAGCAGAUCAAGUACUUACAGGAGAAAUGGAACUGCUGCUGCUAUUCAAUAUGGUACUGGAGCAAUUUCUGGUUUCUUUAGCUAUGACAAUGUUAGAGUCGGUGACAUAGUUGUAAAGAACCAGGAAUUUAUCGAAGCAACUAGGGAGCCAGGUCUUGUAUUUUUGGCAGCCAAGUUUGAUGGUAUACUGGGACUUGGAUUUCAAGAGAUAUCUGUUGGAAAGGCUGUUCCAGUGUGGUACAACAUGGUUAAACAAGGUCUUAUUAAGGAACCAGUAUUUUCAUUUUGGUUAAACCGCAAACCAGAGGAAGAGGAAGGGGGUGAGAUUGUUUUUGGAGGUGUUGACCCUGCUCACUAUAAGGGAGAGCAUACUUAUGUGCCUGUGACCAGAAAAGGAUAUUGGCAGUUUGAUAUGGGAGAUGUACUAAUUGGUGGUAAACCCACUGGAUAUUGUGCUGGUGGUUGUUCAGCCAUUGCAGACUCAGGGACUUCGCUAUUGGCUGGUCCAACGGCUGUAAUAACUAUGAUAAACCAUGCAAUUGGAGCAGCUGGAGUUAUGAGCCAAGAAUGCAAGACCGUUGUUGCAGAGUAUGGACAAACGAUAUUGAAUUUGCUUUUGGCUGAAGCACAGCCGAAGAAGAUCUGUUCUCAAAUUGGAUUGUGCACCUUUGAUGGGACUCGUGGUGUUGAUAUGGGCAUAGAGAGCGUUGUGGAUGAGAAUGCAAGAAAAUCAUCUGGUGGUCUUCAUGAUGCUGCUUGUUCUGCGUGUGAGAUGGCGGUUGUUUGGAUGCAGAACCAACUCAGCCGAAAUCAAACACAGGAUCAGAUACUAAACUACGUCAAUCAGCUUUGCGAUAAAAUGCCAAGCCCGAUGGGAGAAUCUUCUGUUGGCUGCGGGGAUAUCUCUUCAUUACCUGUAGUGUCCUUUACUAUUGGUGGAAGAACUUUUGACCUUCGCCCAGAGGAGUACAUACUCAAAGUGGGUGAAGGCCCUGUGGCUCAGUGCAUUAGUGGCUUUACGGCUAUAGAUAUUCCACCUCCUCGUGGCCCUCUCUGGAUACUUGGGGACGUCUUCAUGGGGCCUUAUCAUACAGUAUUUGAUUUUGGUAAUCAAAGAGUGGGAUUUGCUGAUGCAGCGUAAAGUGAUUAUCAGAAUAUGGCUAUCCUUGCUCUGUUUAUUGCAAUCAAAUGGACCUAAAGUUAUGGCUUGUACGUGUUUAUAUCGAUGUUAAAUACUUCGGGUGUUUCAUAAUGUAGCUUAACAGAUGUAUCUGUGGCAUAAGCCCAUAGCAGGCUCCGUACUGUGAUUAGUAUGCACUGUUUAGUGGAAAGAUUUUAGUUCUCAUGA